AUGUUUGCUAUAAAAACAACAGACGCGUUUUGGUGUGGAACAUGGAGCGAUAUGGUCAUAGAACAGCAUUCAAUGAUAGCAAUAAAAACACAAGGAGGAUUAACACAAAGGCGAGGUUUCAUAGAGACUACUCUAGCGCGUUGGAUUGCUAGUAUGGCACCUUGUAGCUCCGUAACUAACAUGCUUGAAAAUUUUUCAUCGGAACAUGUUGAACUCAGACAUUCGCGACAACAACGUGAUGAAAAUGACUUGAGCAAAUUUUCAGACUGGUUAGAAACUUACAAUCCUUUUGAGUCUAGGAAGUUUAUAUCCUUGUAUUCUCAAGCUGUGGCACAUGAUACCGUAAAUUGUGAUAAAGUACAGUCGAUAAAUAACACAAUUAUUGUAAAUAAACGUGAAGUGGUCAUAAAUCCAAUGCAGCUUUUCAAGCGAAUUAUCUGCUCUAACAAAUCUCCUGAACAACUUAAAGAAUGUUUCUCUUAUGAGCUAGCUCCGUAUCCGCUCUCAUUGUUUAAAGAUGGUCACUUAAGAGGUGGUUCAAAAUCGCAAUUAUUGAAAGAAUUUGAUUCUAUUUUGCCACCAGGACAGCACACUCCUAAUUGUCCUAACAACACUGUAUAUGUUUUAGACGGGGGACUAGUUUUACAUAAAGCUGUCUGGCAAAAGCCAGCUACCUAUCGGGAAAUAUGUAUACAAUAUGUGAACUACGCUGUACACUCUUAUGGUAGAAACUGCGUAGUCAUCUUUGAUGGAUAUGACGAAACACAUUUCUCGACCAAAGGCCAGCUGCAAAAAUUACGUUCCAAUCAAAGCCUUGUUGUUGAUCUCAUCAAUCUAGAUACAGCUGUUUCCUGCACACAGGAGGAGUUUUUGAAAAAUAAUGAAAAAAAAAAAUCAUUACUUUGCCAAAAAGUUUUUCCCAAGAAGCAGGAGUAA